AUGAUGAACGGCCGCGAUCGUCCAAGGGGCCCUCCGCCAGGCGAUCUACCGCCCCCUCAGAGAGACCCGCGUCGAGGCGGUGAUGGUCGCAACGGGGGGAUGCCUGCUCCCGGUGACGCCUCUAUGUCGAGGGCCGAGAAGUUCGAAGACGAGAAGAAACGAAUCAUUCAAAGUUGCUUCGCCAGGAAAGACAAUGACGGUUCAUUGGUUGAAUCCUACAUCACACAUGUUCGCAUCUCGGAAGAUGCUGCCUACCCGUCCACCCCCGCUCCGCCGACUUCUCCCCCGGAGAACAAGAAACCACGAGUGAUCAUUGUUGCAGUGAGAAGGUCCGGGCGGGUGCGCAUGCACAAGGCUAGGGAAAACAACGACGGAACGUUUUCCAUAGGCAAGACGUGGAUGCUUGAUGACCUGUCGUCAAUUCAAUCGUAUAGUGCAUGGACACCAACAUCCCCGAUGGAACAGCAAUAUAAGCAAUGGGCAUCAAACGUGGGAUUUUUGGUCAAUGUCGGAAAGCCUUAUUAUUGGCAUGCGAGAACCUCCAAGGAAAAGGAGUUUUUCAUCGGCAGUCUCGUGAAGAUCUACAGAAAGUACACCGGAGGCAAAGUGCCGAACCUCAUAGGCUUCGAUGAUCGUGAGCGACAAUUACUUGCCGGAUCAUCGUCUUCGGGAACACCACCUAUGGGUCCACCAGGUGCGAACGCAAGAGGUCCGGGUCCAGGUCCAGGUCCUGCGCGCCCUGAGCGCCCUGAGGUGACUAUUCCACCACCGCGUCCGGUUUCACCGCAGGGCGGUCGGCCUCAGUCCCCUUACUCAAGUCGCGCACAAAGCCGGGACGGUCCCCGUCGACUGCCCUCCGAAGAACACUCUUUACGAGCCCAGAGAAGUCGAGAGCAAAUGACCAGGCCUUCUACCGGCAAUUCUGGGAGAAGUGGUCCUUCGCCGUUUGCGCCGCCCCAACACCCGCCGCCGCCGCCGUUUCCCGUUGACCAACGGAGUCAGCCACCACCCCGAUCAGCCGAUCGUAUGGCCCCUGAGAAUAAAAUGCCAAAGGGCCCUAUGCAUCUACCACCUGAAUCGGCGAGAGGUAAAGAUAUCCCUGGCAGCUUACUAGCCGCAUCUCCUACGGGCCCACGGGAAAGACCCAGCGGGGAUUUUGAAGAAAGCAAAUCAGUCGCUUCUCAGCCGGAUUCCCGGCCUCCGUCGUCCCGUGAUCAAAUGCCUUUGCCUGAACCGAGACCCAUGCUUCGCUCGCAUGAUUCGAGUUCAAGCUCUCCGGAUCCCGGGCGUAAUAAGGACAGUCUCCGGCCAACAACCCCCAAAACACCCGCUGCUGAAAGUCAGAAAGUCACUCAAAGCCCGGGAAGCCACCGGGGAUAUCCCGAAGGACCCCCGAGACUGCCUUUCCUGGAGACGCAAUCGGAGCCUCGGGAUAACGACGGUUCGGAACUGUCAUCCGACUUGCCUCCUGAAGUAGUUGCAGCAGCAGUGCCGCCGGCAUUGAAGCCUGCUUCAUCUGGAGCUAGCAGUGCUCCAGCCACGGCCGACCCAGUCGAUACCGCAACUUUAGAUGACGCCAAAGAACUAGAACCCACCGAACCCACGCCAAGCAAUGCUCCUGUAUCUCCCAUCUCAAGCCCGCCUGAGCCAUCCUCGCCCUCCGGAGAUGGUGCUCUAGAUGCCCAUCGACCCGGACUUGGCCCUAUGAUCAAGAAGAAGCAAAGCAAGGACGUGGUAGGGGCGUUUCGCAAGCCCGUAACAAACCAGGCUCCUUUCAAACCGAGACCAGGAGGAGCUGGCCAGAGGCUAUUGGCAGCGGCAAAGAAGCAAAAAGCUGAAAUGAGCGAGCCCGAUGGAAUCACUGGCGUGGUGCCAGCCCCAUUCCUUCGGUCGAAUCAAGAACCUGAGAAUGCUGCCACGCCCGAGACGCCGGAGCAAGAGACUCCUCCCCCAGUCCCCACAACUUCGCCACCGACCGCAUCUCCGGCAACGGAACCACCGACUGUGGAAGUGACCCAGCCCGUCGCGGAUGAGGCUCCUGCUGUGCCGGUGUUGGAAAUUCCGGAAGAACCUAGAGACACCUCGAGGGCUGCUGUUAAGGUGGAUGUUGAUGAACGGGCUAGAUCGGUGUCCCCUUCACCCCACGAUCGCCGUCGCAGACGUCAUGAAGACAACACCAUUAAAUAUUGCCAAGCACUUGGUAUUGAUGCCAGUGUUCUUGAAGGUCGUGGGGUCGAUUUCGAUGACAUCUUGACUGACCUUGGUUGGAACGGGCGCUUGAACGACGAGAAGAAGAUCGAGGAUCUCGAGGCGGAUAUCCGUCGUGAAAUCGGACGUGUAGAGGCUACCAGCUGGCUUGGUAACCUUGAACAGCAGGAGGGUAAAGUUGACCAACUUGCUAGAUUGAUUGACAAGACUAUUGAAGAGUGUGAAGAGCUGGAUAAUCUUCUUACUCUGUAUUCGCACGAACUCAACGUAAGCCCACUCCCGAACCCCAUCCUAUGCCUUGUCUUCAAGGAUGUUUCCCGUCGAAGUCUUUUACUGAUCUUAGAGCAGACCCUCAACGACGAUGUGGCAUACAUAGAGACGCAAUCUCAAGGGUUGCAAGUGCAAACCGCCAACCAGAAACUUCUCCACAAUGAGUUGCAGAAUCUAUUGAAGACCUUGUCCAUUUCUUCGACCGAUCUGCGAUCACUGAAGGAGGCGUCUCUCAGCAACCCAGACGGGCUGAGAGACACCGAGAUCGCAUUAUCCACAUUGUACAAAGCCAUGCUUAUGAUUGACUCCAACAUCUGGCAGAAUAAGAGGCGACUCGUUGACAGCGCAGGCGAGGGCAGUGUGGGUGUGUAUGCCGACACAGAAAUCGGGCAGAUGCGUGCAAUCAAAGAAAAGAAAGAGGAAUACCGCUUCCAGUCACACACCUUUUUGCAGAGGCUCAAACAAUUCAUGGCAAUUGCCUACAAGGCGGCAGAACAGAAGAGGGUUGAUGCUGCAGCGAAUACCUCUAAGGAUCCUCGGAAGCUUGACAGCGAGGCCAGAAACUAUUUCCGGAGGGAGUUGUGGUUGUAUAGUGCCUUGAUGCUAUUUGCGAGAGAAAUCAGCGGGUCGGAAUGGCACGCUCUUAUCUCCCUCUAUGAGCAGCAGGCGAGACUCCCGUACCAGAACGAAUUCAGGGAUAAUAGCCUGGCAUGGAAACGGGCGGCGAGAAAGCCCACGGGAGAGGAACAGGAGCUCCUGUUCACUCAUCAAGAAAAGGAGAAGGAGAAUGAGGGUAUCACAAUGGCGGCCCGCAAACUGACCGUCAGAAGGGGCAAAACCACGAAAGCCGCCCCCGGUGCGCGACUUUCCUAUGGUGAUAAGCAGCACGGCCGGCUUGAACCUUGCGAGGUUUUCGGUGGUACGCUACAUGAGACUCUGAGAAUGAUCUCGGAGGAGCAGAACUUCAUUCUGCACUACUUCCACUUAAGCUCUCUCUCGAGUGUCGACUUUCCUGAUCUGGUUGCGUCUGCGAGCCCCGACAUGCGUCGGCUGCCGGAUUUCAGCGUAAACCAAUCGCACGAUCCCGAUCGAGGAAUGGCAAAAAAGGUCGAACAGAUCAUGGACGAGCUUUUCGCAUUCUGGCCAACCGAUAUGCAAAACCUGGUGGAUUGGGCUCUUCAUGCCGAUCCCUUGUAA